CUUUUCUUCAAAGUGACACUUAAUGCACUAAGGGUGUCUGCUUAUCUGGCAACCCAAACCUUCCCUCCUCCUCCUCAAUUCAGCUCCCUCGCGCGCUUUUCGUGCGUAAAUCCUAAUUGUCUUCUGUGCGUAAAAGACAACAUUUGCACUGUGGUCGUUUUCGGUCAGGAGAUUACAGUGUUUUGCAGGGAACAAUGGCCUAGUUGUUGUGAUUAUCAGAUCCUAAAUUUAUCCGCCUUCCGGACGUGUUUAACCUUUCCCACUGCUCAUUUUUUCACUUGGCUGAUGUAUGUGCCCAGUGAGGAGACUACAGUCCUCAGGAGCCACAUAGCACCUCCCCUCCACCUCCAUCUUAACUUCCUUUGUAAGAGGGUAUGCCUUCUGAACCGAGCCUCAGCAGUAGGGAGAUGCUGACAGGACAGAGGCUCUGCCAGUCAAAGUCACACCAGGAUUCGGUCCUCUCUGCCCUCAACCAGCAGAGGAAGGAUGGCCUGCUGUGUGAUGUCACUCUGGUUGCUGGUGAGCAGAAGUUCCACGCCCACAAAGCCGUCCUAGCAGCGUGCAGCGAUUACUUCAGGGCCAUGUUCAGCCUGUGCAUGGUGGAGAGCGAGGCAGACGAAGUGACUCUGCAAGGAGUGACCAGCGUUGGACUGAAGCACGCUUUAGAUUUCGCUUACACUGGACAGAUUCUGCUGGAGCCAGCGGUGAUCCAGGACGUCCUGUCUGCAGGCAGCCACCUUCAGCUGCUGGAGCUCCUCAGCCUCUGCUCACACUACCUCAUCCAGGAGCUGAGCAGCGUCAACUACCUGGAGCUGUACCGCGUGGCCGACCUGUUCCACCUCCCCACCUUAGAGGAGGCCGUGGUGGGCUUCCUGGUGGAGCAUCUGUCUGAGCUGAGCCAGAGCCGACAGGACGAGGCCCUGCAGCUGCCCUACCGCCUCCUCAGGGAGGUGCUGAAGAGCGACCGUCUCACCUCUCUGAGCGAGGAGGAGAUAUGGAAGCUGGUUGUUCUGUGGCUCGAGCACGACUGUCGCUACCAGUACACCGAGGACCUUCUGCAGCACGUCCGCUACGGCCUGAUGGACGUCCCCACACUGCACCACCUUUCGCGUAGCCAUCCUCUGGUCCAGUCUAGCCCUACCGCUGCGGCUCUGGUAGAUGAGGCCUUGGACUACCACCGCGCCAUCUUCGCUCAGCCCCUCCACCAGUCAGCCCGCACCAGACCGCGCUUCCAGUCCCUCACCCUCUACAUAGUUGGAGGUCGGAAGCGGGAGGUGAGCAGAGUCCGGGAGCUGCGGUAUUUCAACCCAGCUGUGCAGGAGCACGUGCGAGUGGCGGGCGGGUCGAACUGGAGCGAACUGGUCCCCAUGCCUACUGGACGCAGCCACCACUGCGUGGCUGUAAUGGGGAACUUCCUGUUUGUCGUAGGUGGAGAGAUGGAGCACGCCACUGGAAGGACGUGUGCAGUAAGGACCGCCUGUAGAUAUGACCCCAGGGGCAACCGUUGGACUGAGAUUGCCCCCAUGAAGGCAUGUAGGGAACACUUUGUCCUGGGAGCUCUGGGGCAGUACCUGUACGCAGUGGGGGGCAGGAAUGAGCUGAGGCAGGUGCUGCCCUCUGUGGAGCGCUACUGUCCCAAGAGGAACAAAUGGAUGUUCGUCCAGCCCUUUGACCGCUCGCUGUCCUGCCACGCCGGCUGCGUUGCUGACAACCUGCUCUGGGUGUCAGGUGGGGUGACAAACACGGCUCAGUACCAAAACCGGCUGAUGGUUUACGACCCAGAACAGAAAAAAAAGCACACCUUACGUUCUCAACGAUGGAUAGCACAACAGGACCAGUGGUUGGCCCGCAGUCCCAUGUUGCAGAGGCGAGUAUACCACGUCAUGGCGGCAGUGAGGAGGGAACUGUACGUGUUAGGAGGGAACGACCUGGAUUACAACAACGACCGGAUCUUGGUCCGCCACAUCGACUCCUAUAGCAUGGACUUGGACCAGUGGACGCGGUGCUCCUUCAGCCUCCUCACAGGUCAGAACGAGUCUGGAGUAGCGGUCCACGAUGACAGGAUCUAUGUGGUUGGAGGAUACUCUAUUUGGACCAAUGAGCCUCUGGCAUGCAUUCAGGUGCUGGAUCUUAGCACGGAGGGAAAGGAGGAGGUGUUCUACGGGCCAACGUUGCCGUUUGCCUCCAAUGGGAUAGCGGCCUGUUUCCUUCCUGCUCCUUACUUCACCUGCCCGAACCUACAAACUCUACAAGUACCCCAUCACAGGAUAGGUGCUGUUUAAACCACUCCUUUACAAAACACUGAAACAUCAUGACCACUGAAGACACGAGGAGCAAGUGGGAACAUAAACCUUGCGGGAAAAGGACAGGAGAAAAAGAAAAAGAACGUCAUCCUAACUGUUAAUAAAGACAUGUGGAAAGCAGAUAUUGCUGACCUGCUUAACUGUCCUCGAGAUAAUAAUGAAACUGCAGUUUUUGUAACCCAUUAAAGUACUGUAGGAGCAUUUCUAGCUAGAAUUGCUGUAUAACACUUCCACGUGAUCCCUAUACUCACUUCGGUGGCCUGAAGAACAGCCUGCUUUCUAAUCGCCCGUGCUGGUACGGUGUCAGGCUUGAGCUCAUCAGUACAUAAAUAACCAUGCCAUCUUUUUUAGUUCAAAUAACAAAAAAAAACCGACCUGUGUGAGUGCGACUGUUAAUACACUCAGGACCUAAGACUGUUUGUGGUCUAAUGAAUGUCUAGUCCCGUCUUCGUGCAUACAUACCAUAUACUGAAUUAUGCUGAUUGUCCAAAACAUACUUCUGACCAAAACAAACCCCCCUUUGUCUGUCGAAAAGAAAGGUGUCGAAAACCUGGAAACUUUGCAGAAUAAAGAUGCAAACAGAGAAGUGAAAAAAGGCGCAGGAGUGUGUUCUGUCAAGAGCAGUAGUAGUUCUAAGAGUUUGGGGGGGGUGAGGAUGACUGCUCUUCAGUGGGAAUUAUUUAGCAGCUAUAGAUAAUUGCACACUAAUUUAAAGAACCACCUCAGUUUCUUUCUUUAUGCAUGGAUUCUCCAACCAGCUCUGAUACUGCUGGAGGAAAAAGGAAUGUGAUGCAGCAGAAAGCUCCUCGGAUGAAGGAGAUGCAUUGCAGUUUGAUGAGGCUGGAAAAUGACUAGCAAUGACAGAAAAUGAGACUUGGUGAUUGUGGGAGACAGGAGUGAGACUUCAUGUGAUUAUGUGCAAACUAGAACGGGAUUGGAAGAGAUUGCUGCAACUUGGAACGAGGAGAGAGAACGGGAGAGUAGGAGCAAACAGUACUACUUCUUCCCUUUGCUCAACUUUUUUUUAAGGUGUGGUGCUGAAGUCAUUGGG